UGUACUCCUCCUUCUGAAGUCACGCGCUCUCUCUCGCACACACCAGAGAGUAGAGAGACCACACACACAUUGAGAAGAAACUCCACGCGCCUAAUCAGCGCGUAAGACAAAUGAGCGUCUCUCUAUAUCUAGCGUUGCGUUUUGAUAUCUUCAUCAUCUUCAUCUUCUUGAUUGAUUCAUUCUUUUGAUUAUUCGUUCGUCUCUCUUCUCUCUAGCGUUCGUUCGUUGUCAGUUCGUCGCAUCGGAGUUUUUAAGAACAAAAAAAAAUGUCUUCGAAAGACAAGAAACAGGCGAAGCCAUCAAGUAGUCGUGGUAAAAUCCGAACUCUUUCCGAUCUUAACCGUAGGUCUGGUCCUGACUCCGACAGUGAUUCCGAUGGACCUCAAGAAUACUACACCGGUGGUGAGAAAAGUGGUAUGUUAGUUCAAGAUCCUUCGAAGAAAGAUGAUGUUGAUGAGAUAUUUAAUCAAGCUAGACAACUAGGAGCUGUGGAAGGACCUCUUGAGCCACCUUCUUCGAGUUCCAGGAGUUUCACUGGGACAGGGAGAUUGCUUUCAGGUGAAAACGUGUCUGCUGGUCCUCAACAGCCUGAGCCUGUUGUUCACAACAUUGUUUUCUGGUCUAAUGGAUUCACCAUCGAUGAUGGUCCUUUGAGGAAAUUGGAUGAUCCUGAUAAUGCUUCUUUUCUCGAGAGCAUUCGAAAGUCUGAGUGCCCAAAAGAGCUUGAGCCUGCUGAUAGAAGAGCCCCGGUACAUGUCAAUCUGAUGCGAAGGGAAGAGAAAUGCCCUGAACGAGAGAAGCGUAGGGUUUCAUUUCAAGGUGUCGGAAGAACUCUAGGUGGCAGCAAUGAUGGCAGCGGAAGUAGCUCACCGUGGGCUCCAGAUUCAACUGUCAUUCCCAUCCAAGCCGGUUCAGUAGCACAAGCGCCAUCUCCAAGUCUUGUAAUAGAUGAAACCGUUCCAACAACAUCGAUACAGCUAAGACUAGCUGAUGGGACACGCCUGGUGGCUAAGUUCAAUCACCAUCACACGAUCAACGACAUUCGCUCUUUCAUUGACUCAUCUCGACCUGGAGCUCCACUGAACUACCAGCUUCAGGCAAUGGAAUUCCCACCAAAGCCCUUGACUGAUCUCACUCAGACCAUUGAACAAGCCGGUCUCGCCAACUCUGUUGUUCUUCAGAAAUUCUAGAACUUUCUACAAGGGUUUGUUCUUUUUUUGUCUAUCUCUAUAUGCACUAUCAUGAGAUCUUCAUAACUGCUACUGUAACCAAAAAAAAAAUGUUGGGCCUGUAAGUUUACUUCUUGGCUUUGUAUACGCAACAUAAACGGUGUCUCUCUCUUAUGGGAAGAAAAAAGACUUGUGGUAUAGUUUUCACUUAA